UAUAAAUAGGGAGCCCAAUGUAUGGAAGGAUUAUUAUGUGAAAGCGUGCUUUGAACCAUCUAAGAGAGAAAGAGAGAAAUAAAGAAAAAGUAACAGUCUCUCAGGAGUCAAGAGAGAUAAAACGGCACCGUUUAUUUGCAGGGGAUUUUAUGUUUGUUAGGCAUCUUUGGUAGAAGAAGAAGAAGAAACAGAGAAUAAGAAGAAGAAGAAGCAAAAGGUUGAAAACGACGGCGUAUUUGCAUCAAAGAGAUUGAGAGAAAGAUAGAUAUGGCGAUGAAGGGUUAUUUGGAUGAGUAUGAAAAGCUUGUUAUUAGGAUGAACACUCCAAGGGUUGUUAUCGACAAUGGUGUUUGUUCUUCAGCGACAAUUGUCAAGGUUGACAGUGCAAGAGGACAUGGUAUUUUGUUAGAAGCCGUACAGAUUCUCACAGAUUUAAAUCUCUCCAUUAAAAAAGCUUACAUUUCUUCUGAUGGAAGAUGGAACAUGGAUGUUUUCCACGUGACUGACUUAAACGGAAACAAAUUGAAUGAUCAGAGCGUCUUGAGAUACAUUGAACAGUCGAUAGAGACGGUUUACUACGGAGAAGACAUUGAAGUUAACGGUUUAACAGCCUUAGAGUUAACCGGAACAGACCGAAUUGGUUUACUAUCCGAAAUGUUUGCUGUUCUCUCUGAUCUCAACUGCGAUGUAGUUGACGCUAAGCUAUGGACACAUAACGGUAGAGUCGCGUCUUUGAUCUACCUCAAAGAUUGCAGCUCAGGAUCUCCGAUUCUUGAUUCUCACCGGAUAUCCAAGAUCGAGGGACGGUUAAAGAACGUUUUGAACGGCGAUAACGACGUUAAAUCCUCUGCAAAGACUUGUGUUUCGAUGGAUGUGAUGACGCACAUUGAACGUAGGCUUCAUCAGCUUAUGUUUGAAGAUAGAGACUACGAGAGGAAGAGGUCCAAGAAACAGGAGAGAUCUCCAAUGGUGGUUGUGACGGUUCAGAAUUGGGCUGAGAGGGGUUACUCGGUCGUUAAUGUUCAUUGUCGAGACCGGACAAAGCUUUUAUUUGACGUGGUUUGUACGUUAACCGAUAUGGAAUAUGCAGUGUUCCAUGCUACUAUCAACACGUCUACAGACCAAGCUCACAUGGAAUUCUAUAUCCGGCAUAAAGAUGGAUCACCGAUAAGUUCAGAAGCAGAGAGGCAACGAGUGAUUCAAUGCUUAGAAGCUGCAGUGGAAAGAAGAGCAUCUGAGGGUGUGAGAUUAGAGCUGAGACAUCCGGAUAAACAAGGUUUAUUAGCAGAGGUUACACGGACGUUCAGAGAAAACGGUCUGAAUGUUACAAGAACAGAGAUUUCAACGAGCUGCGACAUGGCUACAAACAUAUUCUAUGUAACGAAUGCGAAUGGAGAUGAAGCCGACUCGAAACUGAUUGAAUCAGUUAGGGAGAAAAUCGGUUUGGAGUGUUUAAGAGUGAAAGAAAUGCCAUCAUUGAAUCAUAACAAGGGAGAUGGAGGAGAACAGCAACAGACUAAACAAGUGUUGGUUUCACUUGGAAGCUUGGUCUGGAGAAAUCUAUUCAACUUUGGUCUCAUCAAAUCUUGUUCUUGAGUCUUUCAAAUCUUGGGUCAACCGAACCACCGGUUCAAUGAAAUUUAUCCUUUGAAAGGCACGCGGAUUUUAUUCCAAGAAGUCUGCGUGCCUUAAAAAGAAUUUGGUUUUUUUUUUAAUCGGUGUGAUUCGGUAAAGUUAAUUUAAAGUUAGGCAAUGUUUGGUCAUGUUUGGCAAUGUAAA